GGGGUCUUUGUAAAUGAACUCUGCCUGGGAGGGGUUGCAAAUUCUUGUAGGGAACAUGGGGGAUGGGACUGCUCUGUAUUGUUAAGUCUGAAUAGGAACUGGCUCACUUCUCCAUGCUCAAGGAAUCUCGCACACUGGGAAACAUACUAGCCUCAUGCACAUUUUUAAGAGAGGUGGAAAAAAAAAUUUCGGAAUCUUUUUAAUCAAGAAUCCUUUUAUGUUUUACUGGAAGAGAACUGACUACUUUUCAAGACGUAUCCCCAAUUGCUAGAUCUAUUUGACUCCUGAAACUUUUCCCCCACUAUCUGGAUUUCUCAAGGUGUUUCAAAGAAAGAAAGAAAGAAAAAAAAAAAAAAAAAACAACAAUCCACAUUUUUUUCCUCCUCUACAAGGAAGCAGAUGGUUCACAUUAAUCGGCUUUUUCUCUCUCUCCAUAGUUAAGGUUUUUUCUAUCACUUCUGCCAGUUUAAUACGAAUUCAUGCCGUUUACCUCUUCUACAAGCAACUAUCUUUCCCCAAUCUACUUGGUAACUUUAGAGGCGAGCUGUAAGGGUUAAUAUUUUCCAAAGUUUGGAGAAAACUUUUUAUUGGUAACAUUUUUAAGUCCGUAUUUUUACUGAGUUGUUUACAUCUUCGGAAGGCUAAAAGGGGAAGGCUUCUCUGUAAGAUAAAGGAUUAAACAUCGCAAAAAGGCGCAGAGUAAGCCUCGUCUCCCCUCGACACUGGAGACCUCAUGGAUUCCCGCGGCCUGCACUAGCCGAGCUGGGAUGUUCUCUGGAAGGUCCUUGUUCCUCUGGGGUGUCCUGCUUGGUGCUGCUCUCUCAGCUGCCCGGCCCCCUUCCACCUUGCCGGACCAAGUUGGCCCAGAAACCAAACCAGAAAUGGAAUCGUAUUUGGCUCGUCCUGGAGACCUGAUAGUUUUACAGUGCAGGCUUCGAGAGGAUGUUCAGAGCAUCAGCUGGGUGAAAAACGGAGUUCAGCUUUUGGAGACUAACCGUACGCGCAUUACAGGGGCCGCUAUCCAGAUUCUCAACGCAGAGCUGGAGGAUUCUGGGUUGUAUGCCUGCGUUACUAGUGGCCCAUCUGGAACUGAUACAGUUUUAUUCAAAGUUAACAUAUCAGAUGCGUUACCUUCUGCUGAAGAUGAAGACGACGAUGAUGAUAAUUCUUCGUCUGAAGAGAAAGCUACAGAAAACGCCAAACCAAACCGUCCAUUUUGGGCAAACCCAGAAAAGAUGGAAAAAAAACUACAUGCUGUCCCAGCGGCCAAAACCGUAAAAUUCCGGUGUCCAGCAGGGGGUAUACCUGUGCCCACACUACGGUGGCUGAAGAAUGGCAGAGAGUUCAAACCAGAUCAACGCAUUGGUGGAUUUAAGCUUCGUUCUCAAACUUGGAGUCUUAUUAUGGAUUCAGUGGUUCCAUCUGAUAAGGGGAAUUACACUUGUAUCGUGGAAAACAAGUAUGGAAGCAUUAACCACACUUACCAGCUGGAUGUAGUUGAGCGUUCUCCACAUCGGCCAAUCCUUCAAGCCGGAUUGCCGGCGAAUAAGACGGUCACUAUAGGAAGUAAUGCUGAGUUCUUCUGCAAAGUCUACAGCGAUCCUCAGCCUCACAUUCAGUGGCUCAGACACAUUGAGAUCAAUGGGAGUAAAAUGGCCUCUGAUGGCUUCCCUUACGUGGAAAUUUUAAAGACUGCAGGAGUCAACACCACCGACAAGGAGAUGGAGGUUCUCCACCUGACGAAUGUUACUUUUGAGGAUGCUGGCCAGUAUACCUGCUUGGCUGCUAAUUCCAUUGGGCUCUCUCAUCAUUCUGCAUGGUUGACCGUUCUUGAAGCUGUGGAUGAGAAACCUGUUAUGACAUCCUCCCUACACCUGGAGAUUAUCAUCUACUGCACGGGGGCGGCCAUUGUGUCUGCUAUGUUGGUGACCAUCAUCAUCUUUAAGAUGAAGCAUCCAUCCAAGAAGUCGGACUUUAACAGCCAGCUGGCCGUCCACAAGCUGGCCAAGAGCAUACCACUGCGCAGACAGGUAACAGUUUCAGCGGACUCAAGCUCCUCAAUGCACUCUGGAGUAAUAUUGGUCAGACCCUCUCGGCUUUCAUCCAGUGGCACGCCUAUGCUCUCUGGAGUGUCUGAGUAUGAGCUACCUGAGGACCCUCGGUGGGAAGUAGCAAGAGAUAGGUUGAUCCUUGGAAAGCCACUUGGAGAAGGCUGCUUUGGUCAAGUAGUCAUGGCAGAGGCCAUCGGGCUAGACAAGGAGAAACCGAAUAGAGUCACCAAAGUUGCAGUCAAGAUGUUAAAAUCUGAUGCCAACGAGAAGGAUCUAUCUGACUUAAUAUCAGAGAUGGAAAUGAUGAAAAUGAUAGGAAAGCACAAAAAUAUAAUAAAUCUUCUAGGGGCCUGCACCCAGGAUGGUCCUUUAUAUGUGAUUGUCGAAUACGCCUCAAAAGGGAAUCUACGUGAGUUUUUGCGGGCAAGACGUCCACCUGGUAUGGAAUACUGCUACAAUCCCAUCAUUGCUACUGACGAGCAGCUUUGCUUCAAGGACUUGGUCUCCUGUGCCUAUCAAGUAGCUCGUGGCAUGGAAUACCUUGCUUCCAAAAAGUGCAUCCAUAGAGACUUGGCUGCACGGAAUGUUCUCGUCACUGAAGAUAAUGUGAUGAAGAUUGCCGAUUUUGGCCUUGCUCGGGAUAUCCACCACAUUGACUAUUACAAAAAGACAACAAAUGGUCGUCUGCCUGUAAAAUGGAUGGCUCCUGAAGCCCUUUUCGACCGAAUUUACACUCAUCAAAGUGAUGUCUGGUCAUUUGGAGUUUUACUGUGGGAGAUAUUUACACUUGGAGGGUCUCCAUACCCUGGGGUACCUAUGGAAGAACUCUUUAAGUUGCUAAAGGAAGGACAUCGGAUGGACAAACCCACAAAUUGCACCAAUGAGUUAUACAUGAUGAUGAGAGAUUGCUGGCAUGCGGUGCCUUGCCAGAGACCUACCUUCAUACAACUGGUGGAAGACUUGGACCGUAUUGUGGCUCUGAGCUCUAACCAGGAGUACCUGGAUCUUGCCAUGCCAGUGAGUCAGUAUUCUCCAUGUUUCCCAGAUACACGGAGCUCCACGUGUUCUUCAGGGGAAGAUUCUGUGUUCUCUCACGAUCCUUUACCAGAUGAACCAUGUCUUCCCAAAUACCCAAAUGGAGGUCUUAAAAAACGCUGAUCAUCUAAUCCAAGGUCUUGUCUCACCAAACUUCCAAGUGAUGAACAUUUUGUUUAAUGCAUUCCCAAAAAAACCUUUAACCUACUUCUUCAUUUCCAAGAACCAUCGCACAAUUCCAGCAGUGUCUUCAAUCUUACCUCAUGCAUUGAAAGACCUCCAAGCUGGAAUGGAAACUAGACCAAGUAUUACAAACUCCUGAUCAGAGCACUUUUAAUAGUGUCAACACCAAAUGGUCUAAUCUCAGCAUAGGUACAAUAAUGGACGAUUGUGAGGAGAACUUCUUAAUUUACCACACGCAUUCAAAGGAAUGUUUUAUUUUAAUCUUCUCUUUGAGGUAAUUGCUACGUCCUCUCAAGAUAAUAUCUUCUACCCUUACUUCACCAGUUACCUAUGGUUUGGAGUUUAUUCAGUGCAUAUCACUCUUGCUCUUUGACAAUUUUGUCCAAAUAUGAAGAGCAUGCCUUAACCGUGGAGAACAUUUUUAAGUGGGAUAUCAAAUAAUAUAAAUGCACAAUACAUUGAUCUGCUGUGGCAUAUACAGUUUGGACAAGCUUUUUCUCCAAAGAUGUCUCAAAACAGGUCUGUCCAAGAUUAGUUGAACUGAUUCACGAAUGCAGACACACUAAUAACUAACUACUAUACUUCAUAUAUUAUGAAUGUUCGAAGUCUUAAUAAAUUGAAGGAAUGUCUCAUAGCACCUACCACAGGUGGACUGUACCCAAUUACAGAUCUUAACCCUAUAAAAUGUAAACACUGCUGGCCAGCUACUGGUAUGGGCAAUAUACCAGUUUACCUGCUGCUGUCUUUCUUGAUUGUUUGAGCUAGGCCUGUUUUUCAGCUCUUACCCAGAGGCCUCUUGGUACGAAUUAAGGUGUAGGUCAGACCUACACCCAGAGGUACAGUUUCAGAAACAAAGGCCUACAUCAGAUUAUCCAGGAAACAUUGGAGAUUUUUAUGUUUUUUUUUUUUUUUUUUUUUUACUUUUUAACAGGUUUCAAGCUAAUUAUGUAAUAUAAAUAUGGGCAGCAGAACCAUUAAUGCUUUCCUCUUGUAUAUAGAUAGAAAAUGUAUAAAUAUGAAUUAUAUAUUUACAUGUCUUUUUAAGAAAAAAUGUUAUGAAAUAUUUACCAGUUUGGUAGUAAAUUGGCUGGUAGCUGUCAAUUGCUAUAAACAAAAAAAAUUCAUAUAUUUUGCUACGUUUUCAGUUUGUAUUUUUUUAAAUUAUGUUCUAAGAUUUUCUUAUUUCCAGUACAAGUCCAUUAAUAAAGAGAAUCGGCUUCAGUUGAUAUAUUUAUAUAUGGUUUAAACUUUUUCAUUGCAGGCACAUCUCAGAUGGCUAUAUUCUAUCAUUUUAUAUUAGCAGUUUUAGUUUUAUUCUAUUUUAUUUUUUUAUUUUAUUCAUCUUGCCAGUAAUACGCAACAGACGCUAAUCAUUAUUAGAACUAACCAGGAAGUUACCACUAAUGUAGAAUUAUGCAGCAGGAAAAGUAACUUCUUAGAUCUUUUUUACCCUCAUUCAAGAAAUCCGCUCAUCUUGCCUAUUACGCAUAUGCCUUAGUCUGUAAAUGCAUGAAUCUAAAUGUACUUAAGUACUCUAUAAAUGGGCUGUAAGUAGCUCUCUCCAUAGUCUAAUGAUCUGCGUUCUGCUCUGACCUACAGUAUUUGGACAUGUUCGGUAAGGAAAGGAAUUUCAGUUUGGGUGUAAAAUGUUUCUAAGACUAUACAAUAUUUUGGUAAGAGAGCCACUGUGCCAUUCUAUAGAUAUAUGAUGCCAUGUAGUACCAAAAAUGGCUAAUAGGUAGAAAUGAUGUUCAAUGUAAGCCGCUACCCACUAUUCAGUUAAAUUAUUUAUUACUGUGUCACAUCCAAUAAAAGCAGAGAUGACCUGUC